ACAAACAGCAACUUCUUCGACUGUGAACGUUCGUGCAUUUCGUUAUCCAAUACAAAUUAUUUAAAGAUGAUGAAAUUCUACCCAAAUCGUAUUUCAUUCCGUUCAAUACAUAGCAGUGCUUUCCGGCUAAAUCAAGAUGGGCCACAAAAUCCGCAGCUUGCUAAAAUUAUGCAAAAGAUUGAGAAGGAUAAAAAGAAACUGAAGUGGCGCACGCCGUACAGCGAACUGCCCGACACCUUCCAGAGUAAAUUCAAGCUCUUUUCCUCCAGUAAUCGGAACUCGGAGUUGAUCGAAGCGAUGCAACAACCGGUCGAUUUGUCACCGACGGGUAUUAAAAAGUGGUGGAAUAAGCGAAGAACCGAAACCGCUGCGUUCAUGCAGCAGUACAUUCCGGAGAGACACAACGCCCUGGGGGAGGAUCUGGCUUGUGCGCAUUUUGUGGUACACAGAGAAGGAAGCGUAAGAUUUCGCGGACAAAAACAAUGGAUUAAAAUGGACGAAAAGGAUGAUUACGACCUACCACGGAAUUUCGUACCGAACAUGGUACUGGAAGAAGUCAAAUGUGACAACAUGGAUCUAUUCUACGAAGGUUUAGAAAAUAUUCGGCAGUUACGAUUCCUGAAACACCUGUCCUUCGAAAAUGUAUCCAGAUUUGACGAUUGGUAUUUGGAUCGAAUAUCUGGUAACGGAUUUCCCGUUUUGGAGGAGCUAAAUCUCCGCGGGACAGCUGUUACAUAUCGGGGAUUACAUUGCCUGUAUCGCUUGCCAAGCUUGAAAGUCGUCCUAGUGGAUGAACCCGAAAAAAACAUCAUGUGGCAAAUGAUGGUAUCACAGCUUGAGGAAUGGAAUCCUAACAUAGCGAUUAAAAGUGCAUAAUCAGAGGUACUAUUUCUCUAGUCAUACCAUAAAUUAUUAAUAUUAUGAUACGGUCUCGAAAAUCAUUAAUCAAAAAAUAUUUUCGCAGUA